UUUUCUCUCCGCUGUUUUUCAUACUCUAUUUUUUAUCUUAAUCGCUGAAUCGCCACUUUAUUCCUGAAAAUGGGCGCCAGCAAUUCGAAGGAGGAGCCCGUCUACGUCUACAGCAACAGCGUACCAAUUGGCUUCACGCCGCAGCUCAAAGAGAAGCUCGUGAAAGACGCCACAGAAAAACAGAACCAGGCCCAGAACCGGACCCAGACCCAGACCAACCCAGACCCAGCAAAAUUUGACAGCACCGAUCUCCAGGACAAGGUCGAGGGCCUCGUCGCCAAGGAGCUUGCGCGCAUCCUCGAGAAGAACCAGCUCGACGAUCUGCAGGCGCGCGACCGCAACGCAUCGACCACCGAGCUGCUCAGUGACAUCCGCGACGUCGCGCGCCAGAUCGCCGCCUCGACAUCCACUCGCUCCCCGACCUACGAGGAGUCACUGCGCGCCCGCGACCGCGUCGCCGCCUGCCUGGCUGACAACGCCGGCCGGCCGCUUGACUGCUGGAGCCAUGUCGCCGAGUUCAAGGCCCUGGCCAAGACGCUGGAGGCCGAGUUUGCUGCGGGCGCCAAGUAAGACCAACCAAAAAAGUAUAGGUAGAUAGAUAGACAGACAGGCAGCGUGGGCGAGUUUGGU